AUGUUAUGGCUUACUGAGGCACCUUUCCGCAUUAUUGGGCUUUGUGUGAUCCUCUCGGGUCUGGCUCUGUACGCAUACGUGUGUAAGGACACGGACAUCAGACCCAAAAUUGACAAUGAAUUCUUUGUGAACAACGAGGGCUGCAAAAUGAUUUCCUUGGAUGUUACGAGCCCUGCGAUAGAGAAAUACAUUAAAAAGCCACCUGUGGAAUACAAGUGCAUCGAUGUUACAUGGUUUGAAACGAAACUUAUCAAAGGAAGCUGGUACCUGAUGCUUGUUCGCGACAUUAAUGAGAUACUGAUUGACCGUCAUCUAGAUAAACAAACCAAAAUACAAUGCAGGUAUGAUCGAUUUGACGGGAAGAACGACACGCGAUUGGAGCACCAAGGAACGGAUACAUUUAAUCUGGUACCACCAUAUCGCUGGAAAGUGCGAGCUACUGUGUACCUGCGUGUGUCGUGCUUCCAUUUAAAGAAAUUACUGCAUGAAGACGUUCAUUUCUUCAUCCAGCCACCGCCGCAAGAGUUACUCGAACAACCAGUAAGCUUGAAGAAAUGGGUUCAAGGGAAUAAAACGAAAACGGCAGAAUCUACCUCGGAGCCCCUCAUUUCUGUCAUGAUCCUGGGAUUGGAUAGUGUUUCCCAUCUGAACUUUCUGCGUCAAAUGCCGCGCACAGCCAAAUAUCUGCACAACGAGAUGUCUUACGUCGAGUUCUGGGGCUACAACAAAGUUGGCUUGAAUACAUUUCCGAACCUGAUUGCCAUGUUGACGGGGGAGAGUGCAGAAGAGAAUGUGAAGUAUUGGAAAAAGACUCAGCGCAUGGACAACUGUCCUUUAAUUUGGAAAGACUUUAAAAGGGCCGGCUAUAAUACAAGCUUUGCCCAGAAACUUAUGAAUAUAACUACUGGCACAUAUAAGCUAACAACAUGCUCGGGAGGACGUUUACUCACGGAUAUAUUGCUGGAAAUGGUGGAAAAUCUACUGCCCCAUAUGCAAAGGUAUCCAUUCUUCUCGUUUUACUGGUGGUCCCAGGGCAUUCAUGACCACUUCAACUUUGGUUCUGUGAUCGAUCAGCGUUUUGUGCGACUACUGAGGCGUCUCGAUGAUACGGGAAUCACCAACCACACCUUCAUAUUCUUCAUGUCUGAUCACGGAUCGAGGUGGGGACCAUUCCGGAGAACCUUUCAGGGUAUGCUGGAGGAUAAUCAACCCAUGCUGUUCAUCCUCUACCCCAAGUGGAUGAAGGAACGCUAUCCGCUGGCCAUCAGGAACCUGGAGAGCAAUAGUCACAGUCUGAUCACAACAUAUGAUAUGCACGAGACCAUGCGGGACCUUCUCCAUCUGGAUUCAUUGCAGGAGAAUCGUCUCAAAGAGAAGUCAAGGCUGCUGUGGAAGCUGCCGGGCCCUGAAACACCGCGUGGCGUCAGCCUCUUCCUGCCAGUGCCUUCGUGGCGCACUUGCAACACCUCCAACAUCCCUGUUGCAUAUUGUCUGUGCCAAGGGAAGUGAAGCUGUCCUUUCGAUCAAUCAGCUGCUAGAGACCUAUCUGAUGUGUGAACAGCUCCAGCUCAAGAAUGUGUCCAGCGCCUACUCAUGGUCCUCUCAUACGACCCAAGAGCAUGAUAUGAGGGACAUUUUUGCUUUUUCGAAUGAAAAGUCGUUUUCUUCCUGUUUUGUCUUCUAUUUACAGAGUCAAACGUUUUGUUUGUCUUUUGC